GGCGGGCGCGAGGCGGCGGCACCCCAGAAGGGCGACCUGCCACCGCUGACGCCGCGGGACGUGGCGCUGAUGCGGCCCGUGCUCGGGAUCGGGCGCGGGGGGCUGAAGCAGCCCUCAGCCGCCAGGCCGCACAAGAGGCCGUCGCCAGAGCCGUCGCUGCUGGCCGCGAGGGCGCUCGACGAGCUGCCGGGCGAGGACGCCGUGCUCGAGGGGCUCGCGGCGGGCCUCCGGCGGCUGGCCGCGGGCAGGCCGGCGGACCUCGCCGCCUUGGAGGCGCUCGCCGCCGCGGGCGCCGCCGCGGCGCCCGGCUGCCUCCGCACCGCCCGGGCUCUGCAGCGCCGACUGUCCCCGGCGGGGCCCGCCGCCGCGCCGGCCGCGGCCGGCGCGGCCGGCGCGGAGGGCGGCGGCGCGGAGGCGGCCGGGCCACGACCGACGUUGGGCGACGACGCGACGUGA